AUGACAACAGUGGCAGACGACAGCACAGCAGCGAACUUCCGCUUCAAACGCCGCAAGGCUACACACACAAAGCGGGCACGCAUAGACGACGACAUCCCAAGCAAACCCAACAAUCAAACCCCCGACACUGCAACAGCACACGAUGCGCCGGACGCCGUACCAGAUGAGGAAGAGCCGGUGCCAAACCUGAAGGAGAUCCUACGCAAUCGCAAGCGGCCCCGCGACCGCCUCAAGGAUGCGACACGGAAACCAGGGCCUUCUCAGACUGAGCUCGUGCAGGCGGAAGCACCGCGGCCAGAUCAGUAUACAAGCCGAUUCGUAGCACAGACCGGACAGGUGGUGGACAGCAGCGACCAGCAGAUGACGGUGUAUGUAGAAGCCCGCUUGGCUGAACAGAACUAUCGCCAGUACGGCUGGCCCAUACCCAAACAUCUCCACUUGACCGUCGCCGCAAUCGCGCCGGACCUCAAGCACACCUUCUCGAACCCUGUCCAGGCAACAGCAGCCAGCAGCGCCGUGGACGACGGCACCGAACACAGCAGUCGAGUAGCUGCAGGACAGGGGAAACUGGAGGAAGUAGACCUAGGUUCCGACGCCUUACGCACACACAAAGACUGGAGACGCUCGGAAGGCGAUGCGCCAGCGCCAGCGCCGAAAGUCCGGCUAGGCAGGGACGGCAAACCUUACCGCGGCCGCAAGCGCCGAAACAGCGACGACAUCCGAAGAGACCAGAUGGUCGAAGCCGUCCUGCGCGAAGCAAAACUCGAGUUCUUUGACGAAGCACUGCCCGCCCCGCGCUACGCCGGCACCGACGACGACAUGCUCGAGCGCUUCCGCACCGAGUAUUUCGAAUCCAUCGAGGAGCGGCAGGCGCGCAAGCCUGCCAUGCCACCCAACGCAAAGGAUCAGCCCAAGGGGCCGAAGUUGGGCGGGAGCAGGAGUGCGAGGGCGGCUAUGCGGGAGCGGGAAGAGGCUGCGGCCAAGGGGAACAAGAGGUAG